AUGCCUCAGGUAUUCGUGGGAGAGGUUGUAUGGAUUGCAGCGUCACACGUUUCGGAGGUUAAGUUUGUUGUCGAAAUGUCAACAGUUACGUUGGAGCCUAUUUUGGCGGAGGACAGCACGAUUACAAAGUUAGUGCCCUCGUUAGAGGGAAUAUUGAAAGACUUAGAAGACAGUGCCAAGCAUCACGAUUAUCUUGUUGCUUUGCUAAUAGUAUUUUUGGCGGAGUCCGGUUUUCAGGUGUCAACAGACGAACGUAGUUCACAACGUCAGAGUCUGAGAUCCUUGCACAUACCCGAUAAUUGGAAGUCAGAGGAAACAGGGGUCUAUGACGUAAAUGUUGAACUAACUAAUGUUCCUGACGUAAAAUGCAAGCUGAUUGCUAUUCCACUGGGAGAUACAUUGAUUCUUAACUUUUUCCCUUUAGUGGACAAUAGAAACAUUUAUUGCAUUAGUGUACAAACCCUGAAGUAUGUUAAUCCUUUUUCUAGUGACCUUUGCGGAAAAUAUAGAAACCUGAAAGAAAUAUCUCACAGGUUCAAAGACUCUAUAGCUACUCCAGUGCGCUUAGAUGUAUCAAUCAGAGCAGGAUUGAUGUGUCCCGGCCUACAGGGUCUACCAGUUGAAUUAAAGUUGAAAAUAUUGAGUAUCUUAGACGUUUAUGAACGAAAACAAAUGGCUCAGUGUUCAUCAGAAUUUAAUCGGCUCUGUUCAGACCCGCAGUUUAGGAAACGUCCUUUACGCAAGGACCUUUUAAGCCAAUCAUACGAACUGAUUUCAAAAUGUCAAAGCAGACACUAUACAGAAACCGACAUAGCAGACAUUUGUGCACAUAAUAUAAUAUAA